GAAUGUGACAUUUUUAAUUUCUCCCUAUUCUUAUUCACAAUUAUAGAAUUCAACGAACUUUGCUUGUUUUUCUCUAAUCACUUUCUAAAUCCAAGUUAAUGUUUGAUCCGAAAAAAUGGUUUCAAUCGUCAAAGUUUAGCCACAAGUGUGGUCUUGAACCUAUUUACAAUGAUGUUUUUGUUUUAUAAUAUAUAGUAGUACAAGUUUCGUUCAUUGAUGAGUAAAUUAGUUUAACUAUAACAUGUUUUUAACAUCUUUAAGAAACCUAUCGUUAAUACCAAGAAACUAACUGCAUAGUUUUUGUAAUUUUUCAUAUAAAAACCAUGUUCAUAUGUUUGGUUUGUUUCAUGAACCAAAACAAAACAAGAAACACUCAACAAUGUUAAGUUUUGAGGUUUCAUAAUUUUGUUACUUACAGAUUAUAAUAAGCUAUGGCUUAUACAGCAGUUGGCAUGGCUACAUCUCCAACAACGUCUGCGACUAACGACAUUACGAAAGCGAAGAACGGUCUUCGCCGGUCGCGAUCCAGCGUAGACAUGUGUAAACGUUCCAUUAUGCAUAGAUCUUAUUCUGACAACUAUCUAUGUUGCUCAUUCAGCCGUGUACAUGGUGCGUCGGUUCAACCGAAGCUUAAGGAUAGCGGAUCAAUGGGAACUGGAACUUCGCCGUUUAAGUUUUCAGGUUCUGUUCUCCCGAAUUCGCUUCGCUCGUUGUUAUUUGAUAAACAAAGGGAGAAGGAUAUGGUUACUGAGGAAAACAUGGUGGAGAGUUGUAAUGAAGAGAGAGUGGAUAGAGCUAAUUGGAUAGAGAGGCUUUUGGAGAUUAAGAAACAUUGGAGAAAUAGGUUACCGAAAGAAAGCGUGGAUAUGGAUAUGAUGCGCGAUGAUAAUACAUCGGGCGAAUUUGAGUGUGAUGAUGAUGAUGAUGGUGUUUGUAUGGUUGAUUAUGACGACGAAGAAGAAGAUGGGAAAGAAGUGACGUAUGAUCGCGAAUCGUUCUCGAAAUUUCUUGUUCAAGUGCCAUGGUUUGAUACCAAACUUUACUCUCAGCUAGCUUUUCUUUGUAACAUGGCUUAUGAAAUACCUCAAAUCAAGGCUCAGGAGUUGAGGAGACACUAUAGUCUUCAGUUUGUUACAUCUUCUUUAGAGAAGAAAGCUGCUGUGGCGAAGCUAAAAGCGAAACUUAAUCAGGACUUACAGCGUGUUCCUAUAGAUGACUCGGUAGUCUCUCGAGACAGCUUAGAGAAAGGAAAUGAUAACGAACAGAAGCCUCAAAUUCGGCUUGCUUAUGACAUUGCUGCCUCGGCCGCGUCCUAUGUCCAACUGCGAGCUAAGAAUCUCUUGACCCUUGCUGCCAAGUCACAGCAAAGUGAUAAUGAAGAUUCGAAUAGAAGAGAGGAUUCUGCAGAACAGGAAGAAGAAGAAGGCAUUUCGCGAGACUAUAAAUCGGAGGUUGCAGCUUAUAUAACAGCGUCAACGGUGACUUCUGUGGUUGCAGCGGGAGAUAGGGAAAGGCACGAAGCAGCGAAGAAUCUUCAGUCGCUUCAUUCUUCACCUUGUGAAUGGUUUGUUUGUGACGAUUUUAGUAACUACACUAGAUGCUUUGUAAUUCAGGGUUCCGAUUCCUUAGCAUCAUGGCAAGCAAAUCUCUUCUUUGAGCCAACGAAAUUCGAGAACACAGAUGUACUAGUUCAUAGAGGAAUAUACGAAGCUGCAAAAGGAAUAUACGAGCAAUUCAUGCCGGAAAUAAUGGACCAUUUGAAAAGACACGGUGAUCGCGCAAAGCUUCAGUUCACCGGACAUUCUCUCGGGGGAAGUCUCUCUCUUUUGGUUCAUUUGAUGCUAUUGUCUAGGAAAGUUGUCAGUCCCUCAGCUCUUAAACCAGUAGUGACGUUUGGCUCGCCGUUUGUAUUCUGCGGAGGCCAAAAACUAAUCGACGAACUAGGCGUGGACGAAAGCCAGAUCCACUGUGUCAUGAUGCAUAGAGAUAUUGUUCCAAGGGCCUUCUCUUGUAACUAUCCUGAUCAUGUAGCUGUCGUCCUUAAGCGCUUAAACCGCAGUUUUCGGUCACAUCCGUGUCUGACGAAAAACAAGCUAUUGUACUCACCACUAGGAAAAAUAUUGAUUCUCCAACCGGACGAGAAGACAUCGCCUCCGCAUCCCUUACUUCCUUCCGAAAGCGCGUUCUAUGAGCUCGAUAGUACUAUUUGCGGAUACUCUUCAAGAGUUGUGAGCACAUUUCUCAAUCAACCACACCCUAUUGAAACACUGAGUGAUCCAACAGCAUAUGGAUCAGAAGGCACAAUUCUAAGAGACCAUGACUCAAGCAACUACCUUAAAGCUGUCAAUGGAAUCUUGAGACAAUAUUCGAAGGCGGUUGCUGGCAGAAUUCGAAAGCAAAGGAUUGAUGAACUGUGGCCACAUCUAUGGAGCCAUGAAAAGAACACGUUGAUGAGAAAGGACAUAAUAAGUAGAUAAAAUUAUUAAAUUAUGAAAUGAACUAACUAGCACAGGAAAAUCAUUUUUAUUUUCUGUACAUUUCUAAACAUACAGAAGACUAAGUGUGUUUGUAGCAAUAAUGAUCUUUGACUAACAUUGUACAAUCUAUAAAAUUUCAAUAGAAUAAAAACUGUGAGAACUAAAAUGAAUAUAAAAUUUCAAUAGAAUAAAAACUGUUGGGCGCAAUUGUUGUU